GGCAUGGAUCGAAGAAAAGCCAUCCAGAGAAGCACUAAAAUAUGUAGUCUCGUACCCGUUUUCGUAUGACAUCGCCAGGUGACAAAUCACAAAAGUCCGACGCCGGACGAUUCGCGUUCAAGCCUCAAAUCGAAGCCUUCAAAAACGAGACCAUCCGAGGGCCGUUGCAUAAAAGCCAGCGGAAAUGUUACCAAAACACUUGCAAACACUCCAAGCAAGAAGACUUCUUUUAGCACCCACCUUCCGCUCUACAUUCCGUAUUCACUGCUAUCCCGUUUCAAGCGCAAUUCACGCGAACUUCACUUCACAAAGGACCUUUCUUUCCACCGCAAACACCAAGAUGGUCGAACAGAAGGACGCUGCUGCGGCCUCCAUCUUCAAAUGGGCAUCAAAAGACGGGGAGUUCCGUCGCCAGGUGUCAUCCUUCCGCGACGUCGUAUCCACUGAAGCAGACGCAAAGUUCAAGGCCGAACCUGGAAGAUAUCAUCUCUACGUAUCAUGGGCGUGCCCUUGGGCGCACCGCGCCAUCAUCGUUCGCGCGUUGAAAGGGUUGCAGGAUGUGAUUGGCCUUUCGGCUGUCCACUAUCUUCUGCAGGACAAGGGAUGGCGGUUCGACCACCCUGGUGAAUCCACACCCGGCGUCAUCAACGACAACGUCAAUGGCGCUGAGUACUUGCGGGACAUCUACUUCAAAGCAGAGCCCAACUACGAGGGACGAUUCACGGUCCCCGUCCUCUGGGACAAAAAAACCCAAACAAUCGUCAACAACGAAUCCUCCGAAAUCAUCCGUUUCCUCAACACCGCCUUCGACGAAUGGUCCUCUGCGCCCGGUGUCAGCUACUACCCCGAGAACCUCCGCAAGGAGAUCGACGACCUCAACGGCUGGAUCUACGAUGAGAUCAACAACGGGGUGUACAAGGCCGGGUUUGCUACUACCCAGGAGGCGUAUGAGAAGAACUAUAAGUUGGUGUUCCAGGGACUUGACAAGGUGGAGAACAUCCUUGCGAAGAAGGAGUGGCUUGUGGGGGAGACCUUCACUGAGGCCGACAUUAGGCUCUUUACCACUAUCGUGCGAUUUGACCCGGUAUACCACACCCACUUCAAGUGCACCGGCGGAACCAUCGCGCACAGCUACCCCAACAUCCUGAGGUGGACGCGCCAAUUCUACCAGCUUCCCAAGAUCGCGGAGACGGUCAACAUGGAGCACAUCAAAAACCACUAUUACAUGUCCCACAUCCAGAUCAAUCCUACUCGGGUUGUACCCGUGUGGAAUGGCCCGGAUCUCACCGUGCCUUACGCUCAGAAGUAGACGGCGUAGGCUCAUAGGCUCUCUAGUAUAAAUAGCAUAGUUUUGAGCGAUAAUCAAAACACAAUGCGAUGCGUAUACACUCAUUCUAAAAGGUGUUUACGCUCAUAGUGUCACCUAUCUCACCUAUCUACUCGUAUCUACUCUAUCAUAAGCACGCCGUACCCCUGCACAUCCUCGCACAUUCCAGGCGGGAUGUCAACCCCAUGCGU